AUGCCGGACAGGGAAAAGGAGACGAGAAAGUAUACAGAUCAGGGAUACGACGAUAGAAAUCCUGCCUCAAUGAAUGGCACGGAAGAGUUCGAGGAAGAUCUAGCAGUCACCAUCCUUGAAACAGUUCUCAUCGGCACGGUAUCCGCCUUUGGUUUUAUGUGCAACUUCCUGUCGUUUCUUAUUUUGAUCCGACAUAAAGCUUUCAAAAAUUCGUUUGGUUAUCUGGCAGCUUAUGAAUCGCUAUCCAAUGCAUUUAUUCUACUAAUAUUUCUACUAUGGUCAACUCCAUGGACUUUACUAGAGAUACCCAUCGAACUAGAAGGGUUCAAUCUACUAAUCGGACAACUGUCUUUAUUAUUUGUCGAAGCGUCAUUCCAUUGCAGCCUGCUCAUCACUAUUAAUAGGUUGGUAGCAGUGAUGUUCCCGAUGUUCUAUCGAAGCAUGUUCAGCGAUCGGAUCACUCCACUGCUUUUGCUGGCAAUCUCGUUCAUCUCAUUACUUUACUUCGCUGUCUACUUCAUGGGUAUGUUUGAUUUCACGGCUGCAGUUUCUACUAACGAUCACCAGUACAAGGUGUGGACCUUUGGCGUGGAGCAGUGCAGCCAGAAAAUGUCCUUCUAUAUCGACAUGUGUUACAAUGUCUCAAUCUUCGUGGUCAUAUGUGGCAUUGAUAUGGUGGUAUUCGUGCACCUGAGAUCAGCAACAAAGGUUCAUUUGCUGUCCCCUAUUUAG